AUGACAACUGCUCAGAAACAUUUCAAAUCAGGUUCUGAAUGUCCACCACUCAAAGAAAAUCAAUUACGAUUAUAUAGUAUGCGUUUUUGUCCAUUUGUUCGACGAGUAAAACUUGUCUUAGCUGCUAAAAAUAUUCCGUAUGAAGAAGUAUUUAUCAAUCUUAGUGAUGAACCUGAAUGGUAUUUAAAAAAAAAUCCAGUCGGUGAAGUUCCAUUAUUGGAAUGGAUCGAUCAUGAUUCGAAAGAAAUUCGUUCAAUACCUGAAUCACUUAUUAUAAGUAAUUAUCUUGAUGAUUUAUAUUCAGAACAUCGCCUUCAUCCUAUCGAUCCUUACCUCAAAGCUAAGCAACAAAUACUCACUGAAGGAUUUGGAGACGUUCGAUCAGCUUUUUAUAAAGUAUUUGGAAACAGUGAACAGAAUAAUUUUGAAGAUUUAAAUCAAAGUUUAACUGUUUAUGAAGAAGCACUUCAUGAUAAAUAUUUCGGUGGAUCAAAACCAGCAAUGAUCGAUUAUAUGUUAUGGCCAUGGUUUGAACUUUUUCCAACAUUAAAAGAAAUUGGUUUCGUUUUAAAUGCUGAUGGAAAACUACCUAAACUUGGUAACUGGUUUAAAGAAAUGCAAGCAAAUGAUGUUGUUAGAAAAACUAAAGUACCAGAUGAGAUCAUUCAAAAAUUUGUACAUACUGUAGGAGAAGGCAAACCAGACUAUGAUAUUGAAUAA